AACUCGUAAUCUACAUUCAAGUGUUCCUUAAUACACAAAAAAUCGCUGUUGUAUCUUUCUUGACCUAUGAGCCUUUGUUUAAACUGUUCAUAAUUCAAUUUUUCGCUUCCAAAACACAAUGGCCAAGUCACAACCUACGAAAGGAGUAUCUAAAAUACCAAACAAAGCCUUGUAUAGCAGAAUAUCAUAUCUCUACCAAGCGGCGACUUAUCUGGCUCUGCAAGAUGAUGAAAGCCAAAAACGACCAGCCGUCGAAACCGCAUUGAGCUCAUCGGUCGAAGAUGCCAUGGAGGUUGAGCCGAAGUUCCAAGCAAAUAUCACUGGGGGAUUAUAUCACCCUGUCUCUCGUCGAUUAAUUACAGAUCUCCGCUCAGUAUCUCUGAAAGGAUUGAUGCGGAUGUCGCCUGAUAUGAAGCACUCUAUCUGUAAGAAUUGUCAAACAUUGUUGAUGGAAGGAACAACAUGUACUGCUCAAAUAGAGAAUCAAAGUAAGGGUGGAAAGAAACCCUGGGCUGAUGUGCUGGUUCGAAAGUGUAAUACUUGUGGAUUGGAGAAAAGAUUCCCGCUGGAAACAGCCAGGCAGCCGAGGAGACCACGAAGAUCCAACCCAGAAGCUCAAGCUAGCAAACCCCAGUCAUGAAUGCCCUAAAUUUCAGUGGUUGAAGGUUUGCUCGCCGAAAGAAUUCUUGCCUUGAAUGCUUCAUAGUUGCACCAUUUUACAUCCAUUGCUAGACUAAAAACGCACCAGUUGGUCUUUAAGACUCGGCCAUAUUAGACGCUGGCGUUGUUCCUCAACUUUAAUAGGGAUAUAUCUCGACGCGACUGCAAAACAAUUCGAUAAAAGGGUCGUCCGCGAGGCCUUUUCUCUCCUUGCGCUUUAGAGUCAUGGCUGGUGUCAUCGUGACGAUACAGUACGAUGUCUGUAUUCAUCUUGGUCACUAAAGCAUCAAUAUAGAUGCUCAUUUUGAGGCUAGAACUCUUACUGUCCCAUUUGCUAUGGAUUUUUCGAUAAUGCCUACAGUAAUCCGAGAAGUCAUCUUGAAUCACCAGCCACCAAAUGUUUUGUAAGCAAAUUAUACGCUCCCCAAUUCCAUGAGUCAACUCUAAUAAUUAUCAGAUUCAGAAUCGAGCAAAGUUAAACAACGUUUUGUGGGUGCUAUUUGGCCUCGUCGAUUAGAGAACGAUUUGUAGCCUUUUCUGGGUCUAUUUUGAUUUUGAUUUCGAGAUCAAACUUGUACAUCCUUUAUUUACGAACGAAAUUUCACACCGGCCAAAGAAUCUAUUACAGAAUUCAGAAAGAAAUUACUGUUCUGUGAAGGGCACCCUUUAGGACGAAUUUGGGAUUUGAAACCUAGAAGACCACGUAUUCUUUGUGUCGUAACCCGCUUAUAAACUCUUCCAGACUAGGAUGUUAGAGCCAGGUCAAUGCAGAGAGUGUUACCUGAUACUAUCUGUAAUCAUACACAAGUUUGGCCAUUCUCAUGUUGGUACGAGAUAUGAUUAGACCUUGGUCGUUUGGCCGCUGGCAUCCUUUGAAGCACAAAUCAUACAUGCUGGGGGCUCUAAUUGGAGGCACACAUAAUUUCCUCAUCACUCUCCGUUUGUCAAAAAACUACAUGUCGUGACCAUCGGAGGAAUCGAACCGAUCACGAACCCAUUAUUUUAUUAUGAAUCAACUGUUACGGCGAACCGCAGUGUAGCUUCUGCAACAAACCAAUAUCCGAGGACUAUCCAAUCAAAUAUC